AGAACCGGAGGGUGCGGUCGGUCUCCGAAAGGCCUGGAAGGGAUUGUCCCGCUGCCCCGCGCUCCUUGCAAAAGCCCAGGCUGCUUCCCCACGAGCUGCCCCCCAGGUGCCCAGUAGGUUCCAGGUUUCAGAGAAGAUGACAGAGGAACUGAAUCUCCUGGGACAGGACUCUGAUGGGGGCAGUGAGGAGGUGGUCCUAACUCCUGCCGAGCUCAUUGAAAGGCUGGAGCAGGCUUGGAUGAAUGAAAAGUUUGCCCCUGACCUCCUGGAAAGCAAGCCUGAAAUUAUAGAAUGUGUCAUGGAACAGCUAGACCACAUGGAAGAAAAUCUCAGGAGAGCAAAGAAGGGGGAUCUGAAGAUCAGUAUCCAUCGAAUGGAGAUGGAGAGAAUCCGCUAUGUCCUUAGCAGCUACCUGAGGUGUCGGCUCAUGAAGAUAGAGAAGUUUUUUCCUCAUGUCCUUGAAAAGGAGAAGACACGCCGUGAGGAGGAGCCUUCUAGCCUUUCUCCAGAAGAGUUUGCCUUUGCCAGAGAGUACAUGGCGAACACAGAGACCUAUCUAAAGAAUGUUGCCUUAAAGCACAUGCCUCCUAAUUUACAGAAGGUGGACCUCUUGAGGUCGGUUCCCAAACCAGACCUAGAUUCAUAUGUGUUUCUGAGAGUGAAAGAACGGCAAGAAAACAUACUGGUAGAGCCAGAAACAGAUGAGCAGAGGGACUAUGUGAUUGACUUGGAGGAAGGCUCACAGCAUUUGAUCCGAUAUAAAACCAUUGCACCUCUAGUUGCUUCUGGAGCCGUACAGCUAAUUUAAAACCAAGAAUAAAUAAACGAGAACGAAGACAUGGAACCUUGAGAAAAUAUUUAGAAACCCCGCGUAUCACUCUGUGCCUGAGGACAACAGGCUUUUCUCGGCGGUGCCGUGUGUCACUUGGGCAUUGAGAAGGCUCAAGGCAGAAUUCCUAACUUGCCAGGAAUCCUAACUUCCUGCCAUUUUAGCUGGAAUCAGCAGAUGGGGCCAUCGCUCUGUUCAGUCUUCAUACUGGGCAAGUACGUGACUUUCCCUUUGUGCACCUUUUCCCUUUGUGGUAUUUUUUGAACUAAGGAAAGUGAGGCAAAGGUAAUUCCUAAAAAGGCAUCACUGGUGUGAUUAGGGGGCUGUAGUUAGCGCUGACCUGGUAGUGGCAGGAGAGUUCUUUUAACCUUCCUGGUAGAAAGAGUAUAGAUAGAUUAAAGAGAACAGCUGUGGCCUUCUUCUCGGAUACCUCUCUAAAUUGUAUAAACCUUUGGAACCUCUAACAUUGGACUUAAAACCAUUUGCUGUCAUGCUUAACUGAGAAUCACAACUAAACCAGUAAGUCGUUACUAAGUUUCAGUUUUGUGGCAGAAGGAGCCUCGGGACAGUUCUCGGCUUGUAGUCUAACGCAGUAUGUUCUCCCUGCUGCUGACCUGCAGCCUUCCCUGAAUCUCAGACUGUUUCGCCAAGCCAGCCUCCAGGCCAUCUGGUCAUCCUUGGCCAAGGCUCUGUUAGCAGAGUGACAUUAAUAUCCUAAAGUGUGACUUCAGUAGCAGAUUUCCUUUUUUAAGCUCUUUAUUUUCUCAAGGGAAAUGGAUGAAAUUAAACUAAUGUGAAUGGAAAUUAUCACCAUGAUACCUGAAAGAGGGAUGUGAACAGUGAAUGAAUCGCCUUUCCUUGGAACAGGAUAAAAAGCAGCUUGCAUUCCAAUCUUUUCUUGCCUGAUGAAAAGGCAGGAGAUUUUUAUGUGGUAUAGGCUAUUAGAGUAAUCAAUAUAAUACUGCUGUGAUUUCUGACAGAAAUUGCUAAGCGAAAGCAAGGAUGGUUUUAUUAAUAAAAGCAUUUUAACCCUG